AUGCAGGGUUUACACCAUGCCCCAGUAAACCCCGCGUCAUUGCCGCCGGAGUACUGGGAUUCCCUUGAUUUGUAUACCGAUGCUUCACAUCACCAUCCGCAUCCACCUCCUCAACAACAGUCCCCUCAACAGCAGGCCCAACAAAAGCAGCGACAGCCAAAACAACAGCCGCAACAACAACAACAACAACAACAACCGCCGCCGCCGCCGCUGGGUAUUAGCUGGGACCACCCUGUGCUGCACCAACAGCAUCCUCAACGCACUCCGCUCCCCACCCAUCGGGAUCAGACCCAUGACAUCUAUUCUUCAUCAACAUCCCAGUCUUGGCAGCAGGAUUUGUUGCAUCACCAGCCGAUGAUCCAGUCGACGCCGCAAGGUCUCGGGAUGCCCGCUCAGUAUCGACAGGUUCCGCAGUAUGCUCAGGGACAGGUGACAUUUGACUCCCGCCCCGUGUCCACACCGGAUAACGCACACUAUCAGUCCUUUUCAUUCUCGCCAAACUUUUACACUCCUCCAGGUGUCACAAUACCGGAUGUCUUUCCGCAAUCACAUUCGCCACAGCCCUCUCAAACUCAGCCUCAAGUGGCUUCGUACCGACCUCUGCAUCAAAACUCUGUUCCGCAAUAUACAAUGCCUACAGGCUUUCCUGAAGAUUCCUCGCAUCCUUCGAUCAACUUUGCAAAUGAAUUCUCUCCGCCUUCCCAGGAUAUCUCAGAUCACACCAUUAACCCGCAGUAUCUUAGUCCUCAGCAAUCGGCGAAUCAACAACCACAACUUCAUAAUCAGUUUCUUUUUGUAAAUCCUGCUGAUGACCCUAAGCUCUACAAUCUCUUCCCAGAUGAUUUACAGUACCUCGGACCACCCAUGAAUGGUUCCACGACUCCUGGUCAAACUUUAAAUACUGGAAUUCCUCCCAUGAAUGGUAUGCUUGAAACACGAGCUAGCCAGCCAGCAACUAAGAAACAGCCAAAAACUAAAAAAGCAUCUACGAAAGCGAACAGCAAGAAGCUUGAUGGAAAGCGCUCCGCUUCUUCAAGCUCCGGGAGUGACACAUCUGAUGAAUCAGACUUGGAGAUUCUGGCCCCUGAGGAGCCAUCUCCCAUACCUGCUACUCGCCCCAGUGAGCCUGAAGCUGCCGCCCAGUAUGACACUCUUUGUGCAGUGUGGUUCCCGCGUAAUAGACGGCCCAAUGCGGACAAGGUCAAGACUGCUCUAGUUGCAUUCAAAGACGUUGUUAAAACUGUAAGGGAUAUGUGGAAGGAAAACACCCAGGCUUUAAAGACGGCAGAAAAUAAAGGUGAAACCAGUGAGACGGCUGAACUCAGGCAGCUUGUUGCACUUCAACGACGGCUUAUGGAUGUGGUUGUCAGCACCACUCUAGAGAAAGGCCACCCCAUUAUUGUUGAGAAGUUGGGUGAGCAUCCAAUGGCGGUCGCAGCGUUGUAUUCGUUUUUAUUGGACCGCCACCAGGCUUCAGAUAUUGACGGAGCACUGACGGUUAAUAUUCUCCAGUUACUCGCAAAGUUUGUUACAAUGGACGAGGAGGUUCUCCAGAAAACAAAUGUUGCAAAGCUACUCCCCAGAUUUGUCAAAAAGGGCGGGUCCGUGGUUAAAGAGCUGGCGCAGAGUAUCCUCGACAAUGCUGCGGCAUCCACAAAACGCAGGUUGGAGAACGGGAAGCCAACUCCGAAAGAGGGCUCCCCUCAAAAGAAUUCUAUGACUGAAGGAGUGGCUGUAGAUGGUGCGCGUAAUGACAACCCUGGAUCGAAACGGCCUCGCGACGGGGAUAUUAAUGGACAGCCAGCCACAAAGCGAGUGGUGGUCACGUCUAAUGUUAAGAACCCCGCGAAACCUAUCCACCCCCUUGGCAAACGUCCGCAAGAAGGAGGGCAACAGCCAGCGGCCAUUACCCCCAACCCUGCUCGACCAAAGGCAAACAUUAUUGCUCCGAAGCCAACAAGUCUUUUUGGAAGCUUAACGUCUGCUUCCAAAAGGCCGGGUACUUCAAAUGCGGAACGGGCAGCAGCAGCCGCCGCCGCCAAAGCAGGCAAUGCUCCCGAGAAGAAGGAACCACCCCCUUCUCGCCCGGCAUUUUCUUUUGGUGACAUUAUGGCGGAUCUUAAUAAACAAAAGGAGUCUAAACCGCGGGAAAUUGAAGAAAGAAAAACACCUGAGACUGAAGAAGAGCGGACGAAGAGACUUCGUAAGGAAGCGCGAAGGAAGUUGCGAGUUACUUGGAAGCCCGAUGAAUCUCUUACUGAAGUUCGCCUCUUCACUCAUGACCCAGAUGAGGAGCUGGGGCCCAAUGAUCGUUCGCACGAAGCAGGGGAUGUAAAGGGUGAAGGAAGUGUUCUUAAACUCCACCGAGAUCUUGAUGAGCUCGAGGAGGAUGAGGAUGGUGGAGGGAUUCGUGAGGAGCAGCUGUCUGAUUACUAUGUUCCAUCUGGGCUAAUUGAUUUAGAAAUCGAUGAUGGGGAUAUGCCGUCUGAGGACCGCUCUCGGAAUUAUGUUAAGAGAGGGGGGAGCCGGAUACCUACUAGCGCAGAGGCAAAGGCCCAAGAACAUCGCGAGGCAACAACGCUCAUGGUGUUUUACACGUCGGCUGCAGACAUACCCCCAUCCCCGAAAGAGCCCCCCCAACCCAAUGCGGACGAGACUGUCCCAGACGCUCUUUCAUUUGGAGAACUCCCGGACCAUGUUAAGACUCGCCAAGAUCGGUACUUCGCAAUGAUCAACCCUCAGCCAGCUCCCCAGGCCCAGCCAACGUCACAGAACGACAGCAGCAACAGCAACAACUUUGUAACAAACCUGCUCAAGAUUAUCCAGAGCUCUGGCCAGCAGCACCAGUCGACGCCACCGCCUCCCCAAACUCAGUCAGCGCAAGUUCCGAUGUCUGAUCUGGAGCGAACGAUAAACAUGUUCCGCCAACCAGCACAACCAGCACCACAGCAACCGCAGAUACUUCAGACUCCUCAAUUAGCUGGGGCUUCCCAGCCCCAACAACAACAGGGCCUAGAUUACCAGAAACUGUUGGCUGUGUUUAACGCGCAGCAACAGAUCCAGCAGCAGCAACAGCAACAACAGCAACAACAGCAACAACAGCAGCAAACUGGCGUUCCACCAAACCUUGCUGCAAUUAUAUCCCAGCUCGCCAACCAAAACCAGCAAGCUGGAGCUAGUAUACUACAGCCAUCGAAUCACCUAGAAGAUCCAGAGCGCAAGCGUAUGCGUGAAUAUAAUAAUGGCUAUGAUAAUAAUGACGACGAUAAAUAUGGCAACCCUAAACGGAACCGGCUCAAUGUGCCGAACAAGAAACAUCCCAAAGCCGGACUGGUCCCUUGCCGAUACUGGCGAGAAGGCAAAUGUCUCAAAGGCGAGGACUGUACGUUCCGCCACGAUCCUCUUUAA